AAACGAGUCGAGUAACUCGACUGUCAGAGCUGUUUCAACGGAAUUGAUUGGAAGAUCUAUUUAAUGACUUGAUCAAAGCUAGGGUUGAUAGCUAUUAUUUGUCUUUCGAAUCUUAACCAACUGAUGAUGUUUGUGGAAAAACGAAUAAGUACGGAGCAAAAAGAAUAAACAAUUGUCUUACCUUCCGGCUGCGUUUAAACAUCAAUCUCGAACACAGGAAUUUGAGGAUGAGAAACGUGAAAUUCGCAACUCGACCGCCAUGCUGCUGCGUCAAUUGAACGAUCCAGUGCCACGCGUGAUCCAGCCAACACCCCCACUACCAGCGGCCGCCGCUGAGCCAAACCUCAAGAAGUGGGUGUACGAUCCGUUCAGUGCUCAGAACAAGUACAACAGCGACACCUACGUCAAGAGCACCAUCACCGAUCCGCUGCGCAGUGUUGCCAGGAACAUCGAGGCCAUGGCCAGAUACCACUCGCCCGCUUCCCGUUACGUCGAAUACGUUCUGUUAGACGAUGUUCUCUGGCGUUACACGUACUACGUCGAUGAAAAGGGCAAAAAUCACUUGGCCAGUGCACGCAUUAUCGGAUCGGCGGCGUACCCGAAGUCGAAGCCCCGAAUCUAUAACUAUGACACGGCCCGCGUUGGCAGGGAAGUCAAUGUCAUGUCCCACUAUAAGUCAAACCGUACACAGGCCAAGACGGACGUUGAGGAAGUGAGAUUAAAUCCAGUCCGACCAACGCGCAAGUUCAACAACCCGAAGCUAUACGACGACCCGACCGAUCCCAAGCUGCAGGACAAGCGGGAAAAAUGCGACAAGGUCGCGGAGCUGAACAAGCAUCGGUUCGAACCGGUCAAUCUGGAAAAAGAACGCCGUAAGAUGCUCGAGGAUGCCCAGAAGAAGGAGGAGGAAUCGAUCGCUCGGGAAAAGCAGCGUCAGGAGGAGAAGGCUCGCCAGGAAGAGGAAGCUCGCCUUGCUGCCGAAGAGGCCGAACGCAAACGCAAGGAGGAGGAACGGCUAGCCGAGGAAGCACGCAUCGCCGAGGAGGCACGGCUUGCCGAGGAAGCGCGGCUAGCCGAGGAAGCCCGCCUGGAAGAGGAAGCCCGACAGGCUGCAGAGAAAAAGAAGAAGGCUGCCGAGAAGAAGAAAAAGGCCGAGGAGGAGAAACGCAAACAGGAAGAGGAGGAACGCAAACGCAAGGAGGAAGAAGAACGCCAACGAAAAGCGGAGCAGGAACGCAAACGAAAGGCCGAAGAAGAAAAGAAACGAUUGGAGGAAGAGGAGCGCAAACGAAAGGAAGAGGAGGAAAAGAAGAGGUUGGAAGAGGAAGAGCGUAAACGAAAGGAAGAGGAAGAAAAGAAGCGAUUGGAGGAAGAGCGCCUGGCUGAGGAGGCCCGUUUGGCGGAGGAGGCUCGCCUGGCCGACGAAGCCCGCCAGGCCGAGGAGAAAAAGCGCAAUGAGGAAGAGGGUACGCGCAUCACCGAGGCGCAGAAGAUCCGCGAAGACGAACUGGCUCGGUUGAACGAACUGGAGAAGCAAGCCAUCGAAGAGAACAACGAGGAGUUGUUCCGCGAGAUUGCGGAACUGAAGCGCAUCGCCGAAUCGGACGAGGAACUGUUGAAGCGACAGGCCGCCAAGCUGGAAGAAGGGGCCCCCGAGGCUGCCCCAGCUGAACCAGCCGCCGUUGAAGAACAAGCCGCUGCUCCAGCGGUUGAAGAGCCUGUAGCCGCCCCUGCCGAAGAACCAGCAGCCGAAGUUGUUGCCGAAGAGAGCAAGACUGAGGAGAGUCCUGCUUCCGAACAGUAAACUCUAACCAAUAAAAAACAAGUAUUCGUUUAAGAUCGUUAGAGUUAAUCGAUGUGUUCAAGAAGCUGUCAAUGAGAGUUGUUAAUUUGUUAUUGUUAUACACAUUACAUAUACUACAGGAUCCAAUGGAAAUUAUAAUUCGAUUUAUGCUGUUGAAAGACACAAACGAUAUAUUGGAAUCGAACGCCGACUAAACUAAGAGUGUGUGCAAUUUGGAACCGCUACCUUAGUAACUCUAGACAUUCGUAAGAAUCCGCGAAGAAAGCGUGUGCGGUUGGCCGGCGAGAUCUCGGCAGUACGACACAUCACUAAGGGUAUAGACUUGGGCGUCUAUAUGAAUGACCUUCGGUAGAUCGUACGGAGAAUCCGAGAGCUCGGAAGCGGCAAACGGCCUCAACCCGGUGCUUCUUAUUGUAUUCUUCUCUAGUGCAUUUCUCUAUCUCGCUAUAACUCGAACUCCCUAGCUGAAAGCUUCCUGCGAAAAAAAAACUAAAAACUAGUAACAACAGCGGUUGUUCUAUCGGUAGGAUUUAUUACUUUUAAUUUUACGAGUUAAUUAGAUACAAAGAACAACAACGUCUGUUAAGUUUGUAAAUUAAAAAUAAAAUCUCAAUAAACGAACCUUAAAAUUA